CAGCUGACCAAUCACAGAGCUCGCUUCAGACUGGUAACUAUUCAACAUGGAGACUACAGUUGACAAGCUAGAGGCGAUGUUUCAGAAGUCUGAAGCAGACCUGGAAUACAUUGAGAAACGGUUGAAACUUGACUUCAUCAGUAAAGUUGCAGAGAAUGGAUGUCCUGAGGAAAACCCAGCAGAAAUCCUGGAAAACCUCAUGGCUAUCAAGGCCAAACAUACAGCACUGUGUUGUCAGGUGAAGGAGUUAGCAGCAGCGCAGAAAGAGUCCAUGGACUCUAUCAGAAACCAUCUCAACAGCACCAUGGAACUGAUCAAACACUUUCAACAGACGACGGAUGUGGAGAUUGAGCCGCUGACGGAGUCUGAGCAGGGGUCGGCAGAGCUCCUGUGUUCAGCUGCAACAAGUUCCACACCUAGAGAGGUGACUUCUGCUGUGGCGUGUUGUGUCCAGCAGCAGCAGACACUCAGCUCAGAGUAUGAGGAGCUGAGUGAAUCCACAUUUGACUCUGUUCCUCUCAACAUGCGCUCCAAUGUCAAGCUCAGUGACCUCAAUGCUUUCUAUCGGCAGCUGCAGCAACACUCCAAGAAAACUAACAGUUUUGUCAGUGUGCAGAAGAUGAAGGAGCUCAACAUCAAAGUGAGCGAGGCCAAGCUGAAGGUCCUUCAGCAUCUAUCUUUAAUUGAGCUGGACCGGAAAGGCCACGUUCGCCUUGUGAUGUGAGUUUGAUCAGCAGCUGUGGAUUGUCGAUGCAGGAGAUGGAGCUCAGACCAUCAUCAACCUAAACCUGAACCCUAAAACUGGACCGACUGACCCAGCUGACGCUCAGUCACAGACCACAUGCAGUUUAGAUCCACAGGUACAAAAGCAAACUGCAUUCACUAAAGGAAAUCUGAUUAAACACCUUAUCUCAUAAGCAUCACUUCCUAAUAUUGAUACAAAAAGAAAAACUGUAACCCACUUAAAUUAGGUGUGUCAGCAAAGAUAAGGUCCCAUGAGAUGGAGGUCACAGAGAUAUAAGAACCUCUAAGAUACCACAAAAACAGAUGCAUAUUGUUUGAUCAGUGUAGUAAAAAUAUCUGAAUAUUGCUCAUGUAUAAUUAAUAAACUAGAUGAUAUUACCGUCCUGAAUGGAUUACGUAUGACACGUCUUUAUUUCCAUGCUACUUUUAUUUGUGCUUUUAAUAUUUAGCCAAAAUCAUCCUCCCCUUUGAGUAGCUUCCACGUCAGGUGACCUAGUGACAACUGUAAUUCACUGGACAAAUGAGAUGCACCUUGUAUUGGAUCUCACAGCUUCUUUUAUUUUCUACAGUAAAAACAAGCAUAUUUUUCAGUGUAUUCCACAAUAUGAUUGAAUUCUAGGCUCAAUUUGUGAUAUGAGAUAAGGGGUCUAAAAAGUGAUGUGCAGUGCAAUUUUAUCUCAGACUGGAAUCAUAUGAUGUCUUGACUUAUCACUUUUACUAAAAAGCAAAAUAUCAGGCAAA